CGUCAUCAAAGCGCGUCAGCAGUUCGUCCAACAUGGGGUCGUGGUGUCGGACCGGAGCGACCUUGGUGCUGGGAGCGGGAGUCGGAGCCGCGGUCUGCCGCCUGCUGAGCCUCAGAGGCCGCGAGGAGUUGGAGGAAGGAGCCGGUGUCCUCCACAGAGUCCCGGUGCUUCCGGUACCGAGCGUCCUGGCCUCCGAGCUGACGGUGAGUCCAGGUGCAUCAGUAGCUGUGAUGAAGUAUGGCUUUCCCUCAUUGGCCAACAUCAAGACCCGAGAGUCCUACGUCACCUCCUACGACCCCCGCACCCGCACUGCAUCCUGGGUGAUAGAGAGGCUGAACCCCGCCUCCCUUAGCGGGUCAUCAAACAGGAAGAACUGUGACUUCAGAGCAGACGACAGCGUGCACUUGUUUCACAGGUCGACCAAUGAUGACUACAGGGGGAGUGGCUUCGACAGAGGUCACCUGGCUGCAGCAGCCAAUCACAAGUGGAGUCAGAAAGCAAUGGACGACACAUUCUACCUGAGCAACGUCGCCCCUCAGAACCCUCACCUGAACCAGAACACCUGGAACAAUCUGGAGAAGCUCUGUCGCUCUUUGACCAAACGUUACCUGAACGUGUACGUGUGCACCGGUCCCCUCUACCUGCCCAGGCAGGAGGCUGAUGGGAAACUCUACGUUCGUUAUCAGGUUAUUGGACAAAACCACGUCGCUGUGCCGACCCACUUCUUCAAGGUGCUGAUCCUGGAGCAGGCGAAUGGUAGAGGGGUGGAGCUUCGGUCAUAUGUUUUACCAAAUGAACCAAUAGAUGAGAAGGUUCCUCUGGAGCGUUUCCUGGUUCCCAUAGAAACCAUAGAGAGAGCGUCAGGACUUUUGUUUGUCUCGAACAUCAUGAAGAGAACCAGCAGCCUACAGGCCGUGACCGACCGACCAACUACAUUACCCAGAAUACAUCAGUGACAUGAACUACGUUGUCCUGGAAAUAAACAGGAAGUCAAGGAAAUCAGACUGAAUGUGGAAGUUUAUCCAAAUUAAGAUUUUUAUUGUUAAUGUAUUAAUAAACAUUGUCUUGUUUGUUCACUGAAUUUUUUAUUUUAUUCGUUUAAUAUAUUUGUAUAUUUCUUUACACUUAGGUACCUAAAAUAAAGCGCUGCUAAUAGAUGCACUGUAUUAAUGUAUGGGUGAAUGGAAAACUACUGUGAAGCGUUUUGAGAGUCAAGACCAGAAAAGCUCCAUAUAAUUACAAACGAGUUCAAUAAACUUGACUUUCACCGAU